UUUCCUGUUUCCUAGCAAGAAGAGCAGGAAGUGAGUCGAGUGGGAUGGGGGAAAAGACAAUUGGUAGAAAAGGGGCACGAACACGCCCGUCCUGUAACUACAAUAAAGUGCACGGAAUGCCUACAUCACAAGCACCAACACCGCACAUGGAUUCUCCAGCGUUAAAUUACAUUUUUUGCCUGAACGCUCAUCAUCAUCAACUCAACGACAUAUUUCCAAUGGAAUGGAACAGAAUGUAUUCUCAGCUAAAUUUUUAAAUGUUGCUUCUCCAUUCAUACCUCACCGAACAAGGCCAUUUGAUAAUAGUCAGGACAAGGACCUCACCUUUACUAAGGGGUGUGUCCCUCACACUCAUUCAAACUGGCUCUUAUUGACAUUUCUCAUCAUUAUAUUGUACCAUUAUGGCUAUGCAAGAGCCAGGCCGUACCAAAGGCUUUUCCUGUAGACAGUGUGGUGUAGUAUUUGCAAGCAUGCCCAGCCUUUCGGAGCAUACAGACACUUAUCAUCAGUCAGAGGGAGAACGGAAGUUCAAAUGUGAGGAAUGUGGACGGGGCUACAGGCAUGCUGGCAGUUUGGCUAACCACAGGAAAACGCAUGAGGUUGGCUCGUUUCAGUGUCAUAUAUGUUCCAGGAAGCUCUUCAAUGCAUUGGCUCUCAAAAGCCAUUUGCGUAUCCAUACAUCUAGAAAGAAAUAUUCUUGCAAUGAAUGCGGAAAGGCUUUUCGUCUGGCAGCCCAGUUGGCCACCCAUCAAAAGGUCCAUCGCAAUAAAGAGUCUCAAGGGUGGACAAGGAUGAAUGAUUCUGCAAGAAGUCAUAUCGAAAGUGGUUAUAAAGAUGAUGAUUUGCCGCAUCUAGAUGAGAUGGAUUUUGACAUUAUGCCAGAUCUGCAGCCAGACAUGAAGCUGAACAUUGCUCCUGUGAGCAGCCUUAGUAAUGGUGUUGUGUCAGAACAUGUUCCAAGCUCCAACCCAGAUAGUGACACGGCAGCUGAUGAUGAUGCUGGAGACAGGCCGUUUAAAUGCAACUUGUGUGACAAGACAUACAGACAUCACGGCAGCUUGAUAAAUCAUAAAAAAACUCAUCAAAUGGGAGUAUUCGAGUGUCCAAUGUGUUUCAAACAGUUGAACAACCUUGCUGCUCUUAAUAGUCACCAGCGAAUCCACAGUAAAACUCGAGGGCGUCCCAUUGCGCAGACCUCUGCCCUCACUGACUGUAAGCCAGAGCUUACUUCUCAUGUUAUGCCACAGAAUGGUGAUGCUAAUGUACAUUUUUGUCACCUUUGUCAGGUUGCAUUUCCAAACGAUGAUGAGUUUCAAAAUCACAUUCUGCUGCACAACUCCUCCUCUGUGUCAUUUGAGCUCCCUACUAGCCUGUCAGAGGAGCCUAAUUUUUCUUACAAUGAUAGUAUUACACAUUCCCCAGAGUCCACUCCCUAUCCCCCCUGUAGUGACACUCCACCAUUGCCUCCAUUACUAGACAGACCUGUUGAUUAUGACCAAUCAGAGGGGCCGAUGGAAAACGGUCAUAUGUAUGUACCCAACACUUUAGAUAAUUUAACUAUUCAUGCUCAGGGACAGCAAAUGGCCCUUCCAUCUGAGAACCUCAGUCUUGAUCAGUCAUCACAGACUGUUGAUAACGUCAAAGUAGAAGAUGCUGGAAGUUCUGAGCGUCGCUUCAAGUGCCACAUAUGUGGAAAAAGCUACAGGCAUGCAGGUAGUCUCAUAAAUCACAAACGCUCCCAUCAAACAGGGAUCUUUCAGUGUUCCAUCUGCCGCAAGAACUACCCACAUUUGGCAGCUCUGCGGAGCCACCUACGGAUCCAUAAGGGAAGGCCCACGUCUUUGCCUGUUAGUGCUGAGAGUGACUGGCUUUCCUCUGAGCCCUUGACGCAUGAGAACAGGCAGGGAUGUUUUCCAUCACGUGAAGUAGAUGCAAGUGAAAUGUCAGGCCUUCCUCGGGAUCUGGUAGACUCUGUGCAACAUAAAUCUGACAAGGAGCUCUUGAACGAGGUGAAUGCUACUGAAUUUCGUGAGCAGUUUGACAAUUCCUUUCAAGAGGAAAGACCAGUGCAUCUACCUCAAGAUGAACCCCUCAUUGAGAGGCACAUGUGUGCAGACUGUGGUAAGACAUUUACUGAUAUUGCAGGAAUCAAGUCACAUAUGUGUCCUCUUCUGAAUCAGCAGUAUCAGUCCAUAAUGAAUGGCACAUCCAGCCACGUAGACUUUCACAACACAAAGCAUCAACAUUUCUUAGGAGAGUCAGGGGAGCAUAUUGGUUUUGAGGAACACAAUGGCAGUGCAGCUGACUACUUUAGUGAGCAGACCUUUAAUGACAACAUACAUGGUCAGAUGAGCGACGGUGACGAUAAUUCUCAGUGUGAAGAUGGUGAUGAAGAGGAUGAUGGCGAGAUGUAUCAGUGCUCAGUGUGUGGGAAUCACUACGCUAGCAUGCGUGCACUGCGAAGCCAUCUCCGAGGUCACACUCAAACUCAUGCCACACCAUCAGCAUCUGGUCCUUCAUCCUCAUCCUCUCUUGAGGUCAAGAGAGAUGAACCGGGUGAAAAUCAGCAGGGUGAAUGCAGUCUGAUUAUCUGCAGCACUUGUGGAGAGAGCUUUGCAAAGAAACAGGACCUACAAGCCCACCAGCUCUUGCAUAGCAAUAUAGAAGGCAAUCCACCAGAAAAAUAUGGAAGCGACAACCAGAAUGAGAUCAAACCAAAAGUGGAAGUAGAGAGUAUUAUUUGUGGGAAAUGUGGCAUAAGCUGCAUUGAUCUUUAUCACCUUAAUAACCACAACUGCACAGGACAAAGAGAUGGAUGUGUGGAGGAGAAAUGUGAGGAGAAACCCGAUCUUGGACGUACAUUUCAACAAGAACUCGGGCUUUUGCGGGAGAGUCCACAUGAUGGAGAGCGGCAGUACAGGUGUGACCAGUGCGGUCGUGUGUACAGACAUGCUGGAUCUUUGCUCAACCACAAGAAGUCUCACAAAACUGGGGUGUUUCGCUGCUUCGUCUGCCAAAAGCGGUUUUAUAAUUUGCUGGCCCUCAAGAAUCACCAGAGGACACACUUUGAUGUUAAAAAGCACACGUGCACAGAAUGUGGGAAAGCAUUCAAAAUCCAUAAACAACUAUUGAACCACCAGAGGGUACAUCAGGAAAACAAGGCUAAGAUUGAAGAGCUCAACAAACAAAUUCAGACACUCAUGCAGAUGAGUGGGAAUGCCUCGGGGAUUGGAAUGCUGGCACUUAAUUCCGGCAGAAAGAGAUUCGGCAGGCGCCGUAAGCACCGGCAGGCUUCUAGUUGUGAUCAGUCCAGCCAAGAAAAGGAGGGCCUGAUGGGAGAUCCCAGUGACCCACGCCCAUUUGUCUGCGAUCAGUGUGGAAGAAGCUAUCGGCAUGCGGGAAGCUUGGUCAACCACAAAAACUCGCACAAGACAGGUGAAUAUUACUGUGCUUUGUGCAACAACACUUAUUCCAACCAGUUAGCAAUGAAGAACCAUUUACGAACACACUUUGCAUUCAAGAGACACCGCUGCCAAGACUGCGGGAGGGCAUUCAGGGGAAACAAACAGUUACUCAACCACACCUGUUCAACCAACAAAAGAAAUGCAGCAGCAAGAGGAAAGUUCAGGGGUCACAAACAAAGAAAUGACUUAAAGUGCAUUCAUUGCCGCCUGGUAUUUCCCGAUUCUGAACUUCUUGCAGGACACACCUGUAGCAAAGAGACUGGCCCUGAUUCUGAUCCCCCAGGAAAUGCAGAUGCUGACAAUGAUAAUGCAACUCUAGAAAAAGAGGAACGACCAUUCAAGUGUAAUAUUUGCAGUCGCAGUUACCGUCAUGCAGGUAGCUUGUUAAACCACAAGAAUACUCACAAAACAGGCCAUUUCACCUGCUCAUUCUGUGCCAAGCCCUUUUCCAAUCCCAUGGCUCUACGAAACCACACUCGCAUUCACACACAGAGGAAAAAAUAUGUCUGCCCCACUUGUGGUAAAGCUUUCCGUCUUUCGAGUAUCCUUUAUAACCAUCAAAAAAUCCAUGCACGGGCAGUGACUCAUUACAGCUGUCACACAUGUGGCAAAAGCUUCCAGGGAAGGUCUGGGCUAAAGAGACAUCGCUGUUACCGAAACGGCAAUCCAAGCUCAACCAUUAGUCAAGAUGGUGUGGACAAAUGCUAUAUGUGUGAUCAGUGUGGGCGCUCCUAUAGACACGCAGGUUCCCUCCUCAACCACAAGAAGACUCAUUCUGCUAACCUCCUAAACUGCACGCUCUGCCUCAAAACAUUCACCGACCCUCUAGAAUUAGAGAGCCACUCUCAAAUGGCUCGCCACUGCUGCCCAGAUUGCGGGAAAACCUUCUGUGAGUUUGCACACCUGCAGAGUCACAUGGAGGUGCACAGUAAGGGACUCCCCUACUACUGCAACUUGUGUCAGCAGAACUUCCCAAACCUGGCUAGUUUUCAGCAGCACCAGGAACUCCAUGGCAGCUUGCAGGGCCAGUCGCACCAUCAACAAGGUAUGCAGAUGCAGCAUGAUUUAGGCUGGGACUCGGCAUUGGACCAACAGAUUGGAAUUCAGAGCUUUCCAAAGAUUGAUUCAGCCUUCGGCCGAGUACAUGGAUUCCCCGAGCCUCAUGACCAGCACGAAAGUAGCGAGGAAUAUGGUAAAGAGGAGAAGAGUCACAUUUGUGAGCACUGUGGGCGCACUUACCGGCACGCUGGUUCACUGCUCAACCACAAGAACAGCCACAAGACCGGCUCUUUCUUCUGCUCGGUCUGCCAGAAAGAGUUCACCAAUUUAAUGGCACUAAAGAAUCACCGGCGUAUUCACACUGAGCCCAAACGCUAUCAGUGCCUGGAGUGUGGCAAGGCCUUCCGGGUCUCCACCCAGCUUAUCUGCCACAGGCGCAUUCACACCAAAGAGAAGCCUUUCUCAUGCCUCCUUUGCGACAAGCGGUUCUCUAGCAAGUCCAACCUUCGGCACCAUCAAAAGAUGCAUCAGAACACCCUACAGACUUACGAGUCCUCCGACAUGGAUGCUAAUGAAUUCAUGGGACUGGGUGUGGACCCUUUCCUCUGAGGCCACGCUCCAAAGGAAUUCAAAAUCAUAUUCUAUUACGAGACUUUUCCUCCACCCGAGGCCCAAUGCCAAUAAUCAUAAAAGUCAGGGUUUCUGCUGUAUUUGUCAAGUUAGUGUCAUGCAGAUCUUGGCAAGACUUGCCUCCUGUACUGUUGUAUUUUCAAAUAUUGUUCUUUAAAGGACACUUAAGACUUAAGGCAUUGAUAAGAUACUACCUCUGGUAGAGACAGUAAUACUGUAGAAAUUUUAGAACAAGUGAAGGUGCCUGUCAAAAGACCAUUUUAGAGUUUUUUUUUUUUGUGUGUCUCAUUUUUAGAGAUUUGUUUUGUGUCCCCACACAGUGCACAAAACCAUCACAAUUGUAUGGUACUAUGAUAGGUCUCAGAUUGAGAGCUUGGAUGAGCAUUUUUAUCCAGACUCUUACCCAGCGCUGCCUUCAAGAUUAGAGUCCGACCGAUUGUUUGGUUGAUCUCAAACACAAGUUGGCAAGGUAAAAAUGUUUUAUGAGGUUAAAAAGGAUAUGUACUAUCCUUCUCAUUAUGUUUGUGUUAAGUGCUUCCAUAUAUUUUCAGGUUUUUGUACUGCUCAUGGUAGAUGUGUGCUGUAAUCACUUCAUCAUCGUCUGAUUAAGAUCAACAUGAUGUUCCUGUAGUUUCAUCAUGGAUGACACUGGUAAGGCUGUUAAACAGCAAGUGAAUAGCCCUUCCCUGAGGCCUGUCCUGUAGAAAAUUUCAAAUAUAUUUAUUUAUUUAAAAAGGACUAUUUCUACCUUACAUUAAUAUUUGAAAGUUAAACAUAUUUCUUGUCUUUGUUAUCACUGUUAAAUGUGGUACACAAUAUGCAUGGUAUUAAAUGUGUGCUAAAUACUAGAUUGGUAUUUCUAGAUAACGGUUAUGAACAGUUAAGAAGUACCUCUUUAAAAGCAUUUACAAUAGUGUAUUUGAAAGAACAACUGAAAUGUUUAUUUUAGUUUUCUUAGUGCAUACUUUUCAAGUGAGUGUUUUAUGUAGUGGGAAUAUGUUCUGCACGACGUGAUUUCACAGCACAAACAAGUUAUGGACCCAAAAAUCCAUGAUCGGUCGGGCUCUAUUAGGGCAGGAAUUCACAGACUAAACACCUUUCAAUAGUUAUUAAAAAUGCUCAGGUCUCACAACUUAUUAGACACAAUGUAAGAUACAAAACAUUUAGCUUGAUUCCUCAAGGGUCAAGGCUUCUAUGUCUGUCUUUGAUGCCAGAUUGAAUUUAAAUGUGCCAUUUUAUAUAAUUGCCCUACUUAGAUUAAAAUUAUUAGUUGGAUAGUUUACAUUUAAGCCUAUAGAUUAGUGCUUACAGAUUAUUUAUGAAUAGUUGCAAACCUUCAUGUAUUAAUUGCUUAUUUGCAUUUGAUAGGAAACUCACAACUGACUUGUUGAGACUCCCUGUAAUCAGUUGCAUUUAUCUUAAUCAAAUACAAAAUAUUUAUUUUUGUUCACA